CUCUUUUAUAAUCCAUAACAUGUCCUCAAACAAUUACAAAAAGCCCAAAUUUGAACGAAAUUAUUUUGUAAAUUGAAAAAUUCUUUAAAGAAAUGUGUUAUUUAUUUAUUUGACUUUUAAUAAAGAUGGGUAUGUUCUAAUUUCUUAUAAUGGGUUAAAUAAGAGCUUAAAAAGUUCAGUAGGCUAAGGUGCAGACCAUUUAAAAUAUUCUUCAAUUCUAUGUUAUAAAACAAGCUGUCAUAAUCAUUCGUUUUGUCUCGCAGUUAAUCUUCAGUUAAUAGUUAUAGAACAAUACAAUGUCAUUUAAGUUCUCUUUUAUAUUACUAUCUUUUAUCAUAGCUGCUAAUUCUGUACUUGGAGAAUCUGAAGAUGAAAAUGAAAUCCUUAAAGAUUCUUACGAUGAUUGUAGAAAAUGGUGGAGAAAAUCUCUAGAUAGUACUAUUUCAGUGGGGGAGUUUUGGUUUUAUAUGGGUUACAAUAGUAUGAAUAUCGGUAUCUUAGAAGAUUAUUUCGAUAACAAUCCAACGGCCCGGGAAAAACAAGAAGUUAUAGAUUUAAAUCUAUAUGGCGAACUUUUUAAACACCUUUGCAGCACACUUGGCCAUACUGUAAAAAGCUGCGCAGCACUCAGAAAAAAUGAAGCAGCAUCAAGAUCAAUAGUAGAUGCUGUAAUGUUGAUGUAGGGGUAAUCGUUUAGCGGGUCAUAAAAAAUAUUUUUGUUUUUUAAUGUUAAUAUUACAACACCAAAAUCGCUAUUUUUUCAAAUAAAUAGCCUUUUCUUACAUUUUAA